CGUGACUUCGGAGUACUGAUUACUGAGGUAUGUGUGAUUUACUCGAUGACAGUAAAUCAUACGAUUCAACAUUCAACUGAUCUUGAUGUAAUUUUUUAAAUUUUUAAUUUUCGACGGUUUACAACGGCACAACAUAAUGACGACUUUCUUGAAAACCUUAUUGAUGAACAGUAGAAAAACGUCAGCAUUGCUACCUUCUAAUUAUAAUUUAUCUACAAGAUGGUUCUGCGCCAAGCCACAAAGAUCCGAGGGUAGUAAAAUCGACCAAAAUGAUUCGGCAUCUAUUACCGCUCAGAAUGAAGAGUUAGAUAAAUUAUACAAAACCAUAGAAUUUGAAUGUCGCAGCAAUGAUCCUGCAGUGUUGCGUAGUUACACCCAAUUUGCAACAAUGGCUGCAAAUGAAUUAGGGAUUCAAAUUGGAAAAUGCUGGUCACCACGUAAAGCUCAUCAUGAGCGGUAUACAUUAUUACGUUCCAUUCACGUACAUAAAAGAUGUAGAGUACAAUAUGAAGUAAGAACGUGGUUUAGAUUUAUUCAUUUUCAUAAGCUUACUGGUUCUACUGCGGAAACCUUUUUGGAGUAUGUUCAGAGAAAUUUACCUGAAGGAGUUGCACUUAAAGUAACUAAAGUACUUUUAGAAAAUAUUCCUGAAAGUGUUUCAUCACAUAUGCCAUCUGAAAUAGCUUAAAUAAUAUAUCAUACAAUACUCUUAGUUGUUAAUGUUGAAAAAUUUUUUUUUAUGUAAUCCAAUUAAUAUAUAGUAAAAUCUAUAAAUUCAGUUUGACUGAUUUUAUUAUUAUUGUAACUUACUAUUGUUAAAGGGUGUUCAUAUUACAAAUAUAAUACAUUGAAUAUUAUUACUUCAAAUAUAUAUUAGCUAUUAUUAGUGUAUA